ACUAGCUUGAAAGUGGGUGAAGGUUUUUACACAGAACGGUAUUUUUCUGUGAAUGCAUUGUAGGUUGUAGCCAUUUCUUUCAUCGCUCAGAAUCCGGUUCUUCAGCGUUGUGUCUGGAAUCAACAUCUCUUGCCCGUGACUCACACAUCGGAGUAAACCCAAGUCUUAUUUUUUUUUGAUAGUUCUCACCGGCUGGCUCGUUUAGCCAGCUGAACCUAGUCGAAGAUGGACCCAGCGAGCCGAUACCAAGUGUUGCACAAUGAGGACGACUCUUCGGAGGCCGGCGCCAGCGAGCCACAGCCGUGCACUUCUGCCACAGCCCAGCCCGGCACAUCCGGCCAGGACCAGAGUCAGACUCAGGUGAGCCCGACCCCAGUCCCCGCGGCAGGGGAAGCGUCGGGCGUGAGGACUCAGGGGGAGGCAGUGGACACGGCACCACCUCCAUACGCUUCCAUCGACUUGGGAGCAAAUGCUGCAGCACCACCUGAGACUAGUUUCCGCGGUGACUUCCCUGUGCCUCCACCCUACAGCGUUGCCACCUCAUUGCCCACAUACGAUGAAGCAGAGAAGGCCAAAGCAGCUGCCAUGGCUGCCUCAGCAGUGGAGGUGAUGCCACGGGAUGAUGACUUCCCUCCCAGAGACGACUUCAGUGACGCCGAUCAGCUCCGAGUGGGUAACGACGGGAUCUUCAUGUUGGCCUUUUUUAUGGCCUUCCUGUUCAACUGGAUCGGGUUCUGCCUGUCGUUCUGUCUGACCAACACCAUUGCGGGGCGCUAUGGGGCCAUCUGCGGCUUCGGCCUUUCCCUCAUCAAGUGGAUUCUCAUUGUCAGGUUCUCAGACUACUUCACUGGCUACUUCAACGGUCAGUACUGGCUGUGGUGGAUCUUCCUGCUGCUCGGUCUCCUGCUGUUCUUCAGAGGUUUUGUGAACUAUCUAAAAGUUCGCAAUAUGUCAGAGAACAUGGCCACAUCUCAUAGAACACGCCUCUUCUUCCUCUACUAAAGGUUCUCCGUGCCGUCACCGCUCCAUUCCAAUGUGAACGUCCUUCCCUCCCCCUUGAAUGACCUGACUAAAGAGCCUUGCAGUGAAGAGAGGAGAUGGGGAAGGAAUGGAGGAAAAGAUGUAGGGAGAAAGAGUUACCAGUUUCAUUAAAAGUAAAACACGGAUCAGCUCUGAAGCUUCAGAGCUGAGCUGAAAAAUCCGACUUUGAUGAUCACGUCUCAUCCCUGGCCCUUUUUGGGCCCCCCCCACCCCCACCCCACCCCCACUUCAUUUUCCUUUGAUUCAAAGCUUUUCACACUGUCUUCUCUUGGAUCAUGUGACGGAAACACCAGACCAGCUCAUGUGUCACACAAACCUGGCCUGAGGCGAAUUUAAGAGUUAACAUUUAUUCACAAAGCACAACAAAACAGUGUAGGAUGUACAUAAAAAUAGCUUUGGCAGUUCUAAGCUAGCUUAUGUGAUGCCAUGCAGUGACAGCAGUGUUAACAGCUUAAAGCUGAAUCACAAAACCUUCAUGACUAUAAAGUAACAUUUGGAAUUUUAAAAUAGAAACCGUGUAGGAGGUGAAAACCCAUUAUGAGACUUUGAUAUUCAGAGUUCCCCUCCAACAGCCUUGUUUGUCUCACUUGAAACAAACAGGAAUUAAGGAUUCAAACUGACAGACUUUCUAGUUACUCGUGGAAUUUUAAAACACACCACUGUUUACUUUAUAUGGUUUUAUUAUAAAAUGAAUAGAAUUAAUGGCACAUUAAUGUUAAAAAUAAUGUAGUUAAAAGUAGCAUGAAAUACAUUAAUUAUUUAACAAAAACAUUAAAAUAAUACUAGCGGUGUGUUUAAAAAUUCCCUGAUGAUUGUUUCAUGAACUUCUCUUGAGCUUGAACUAAGCACUAGUUUUGCCGUAUUAUUUAAGCUUAGGGUGUUAUAAUGAAGUCUUAAUUUAACGCUGAUGUAGCAGUUUGACAGCGCCAGUCCUUUUUCGUCAUCUCAGAUUUUCUUCAAAUCAAAUUUAUGCAACAGUUUCCAUUAUAAGGGCACUCAGAACCGAACACCGAAGCUCUGCUUAGCUAGAAUUGGCUCAAAAUAUAAUAAAUAAUAUAACUUUUUCCCCCCUUUUUUUCAGUCGGUUAAGUUGGGGCUCUGAGCCAAUGGAAGGUGUUUGAAAUUGCAAACUGGAAUCUUCUAUUAUAAUAAUUUAAGAUAAUACAGUUGCCAAAAAUUAGCAUCAGCAAUAACGGCACUCUGGACUGAUAUCAGUCACUGGCAAAUAUUUACUGAUGAUGUCACAUUGGAUGUGUGAUGAAGAGCUUGAAACCUUUAAUGACAAACCAGAAGCUUUUCUUAAAACGAUAUCAGAUAACAUGUGCUGGCAGAAACUUAGCAUUGGCUAAUGUUGGCUCUAUUGACUGAUAUCAGGAAUGACAGCCACAGAUAUUUAUGCAUUAUCCACCAAUUAAUUACAGUAUGAAAACCUAAAUAAUUCAACUAUAAAACAGUGAAGGGGGAAAGGAAUGAGAACAAAAGCAAAUUUAAAAUGCAAAAAAAGUGGUUGUUUUUAAAAAAUAAAUAAA